AUGAAAGAAGGAGACGUGGACCCAUGUUGUAAAAACAACAUGAAAGAAGGAUACGUGGACCCAUGUUGUAAAAACAACAUGAAAGAAGGAGACGUGGACCCAUGUUGUAAGAACAGCGUGAAAGAAAGAUACGUGGACCCAUGUUGUAAAAACAACAUGAAAGAAGGAGACGUGGACCCAUGUUGUAAGAACAGCGUGAAAGAAGGAUACGUGGACCCAUGUUGUAAGAACAGCGUGAAAGAAGGAGACGUGGACCCAUGUUGUAAGAACAGCGUGAAAGAAGGAGACGUGGACCCAUGUUGUAAGAACAGCGUGAAAGAAGGAGACGUGGACCCAUGUUGUAAGAACAGCGUGAAAGAAGGAGACGUGGACCCAUGUUGUAAAAACAGCGUGAAAGAAGGAGACGUGGACCCAUUUUGUAAGAACAGCGUGAAAGAAGGAGACGUGGACCCAUGUUGUAAGAACAGCGUGAAAGAAGGAGACGUGGACCCAUGUUGUAAAAACAGCGUGAAAGAAGGAUACGUGGACCCAUGUUGUAAGAACAGCGUGAAAGAAGGAUACGUGGACCCAUGUUGUAAGAACAGCGUGAAAGAAGGAGACGUGGACCCAUGUUGUAAGAACAGCGUGAAAGUAGGAUACGUGGACCCAUGUUGUAAGAACAGCGUGAAAGAAGGAUACGUGGCCCCAUGUUGUAAGAACAGCGUGAAAGAAGGAUACGUGGACCCAUGUUGUAAGAACAGCGUGAAAGAAGGAGACGUGGACCCAUGUUGUAAGAACAGAGUGAAAGUAGGAUACGUGGACCCAUGUUGUAAGAACAGCGUGAAAGAAGGAUACGUGGACCCAUGUUGUAAGAACAGCGUGAAAGAAGGAGACGUGGACCCAUGUUGUAAGAACAGCGUGAAAGAAGGAUACGUGGACCCAUGUUGUAAGAACAGCGUGAAAGAAGGAUACGUGGACCUAUGUUGUACGAACAGCUAA